ACAGGAGAAAACCAAAUGUUAGUAUUUGCAUUGAAAUUAGCAGAUUCUGGUUAAAAGAGGUCUACAUGAAUUUGAGGUAGUGAUAAUAUUGAAAACAGCAAAUGAAACAUCUGGUUUAAGUAAAAAAGUGUAGCAAUACCUUUCCCAAAAAUAGAAACAAAUUGAAGUCUUAUUAGUCCUGUUUGGUUCUUGAUUUUCAAGAUUUUUCAAUCAAAGUUGUUUCUUAUCUGUUACUGGUAUUAUUGACAUCAAGGCUGACUUUUCUUUACAUUUGAAGCCAAGAAAACAUAUAUACAAAGGUUUUGAUCCAGGUUAUUGAAUAUAAGGGGAAGUCAGAAAGUUUUAAAUAGCCAUAAUAUUGUUAGCAAAGCACCAGAACAGGUAUCAGCUAGAUAGAUGAGAAGAAACUAUUAUGAUUUGGGUGAUGGAGAAAUUGCAGCAGCAAUUGCAGCUUGUGCAUUUGCUAUAUAUUCCUUUGAAGAAAAUGCUGGCUCUCAAUAUCAGACAAAAACAAGAGGACCCGUUCGGCCUGCAGAAGCAGCUCCAACGAGAAGGCUAUCGAUGCAAAAUGGUAAAACGUCACCAGCAAUAACGACCAUAACUCCUGCUGCUAACGAUAAAAUUCAAAAUGAAAUUUCAAGAGGAGGCAGAAAGGCUGAAAACAAAGCUAAUGCUUGGGAGAAAGCUCAGACCGCGAAAAUAAGGAAGCGACAUGAUGAACUGCUUUCUGCACUACUUGCUUGGGAGAAUGAAAAGAAGAUGAUAGCAAAACAACAAAUGGAAAGAAGAAAGAAUCAAUUGGAGCUUGCUAUGAAAAGGAACUUGCAGCAUUACAAAAAUAAACUAGCAAGGAUUGAUCAUAUUGCUAAAGGAGCAAGAACACAAGCAGAAGAGAAAAGAAAAUAUGAAGAAUCUAUUGUGAAAGAGAAAUCAAAUAAGAUUAGAUCAACAGGAAACGUCUCUGUUAAAUGUUUCUGCUUCUAAGUGUAAAAAAGUAUGAGAUCUGAAUAUGAAAAUUAAAAUCCAUUGAAAUUCUAUUUCCACAAAAUUGUACUGGCUUUAAUAUUGAAAUCCAUCUUUAAAAAUUGGAAUCAGGUCACGAGGCCGUGGAAUCAGCCACUGAUGCUUGCAUUAGGGUAGGUUGCAUACAUCACAAACUCUUGGCUUGGGGUGCGGCCCUUUCCUUGACCCUGAGUGAACGCGGGAUGCUUUGUGCACCAGGCUGUCCUUUUUUCAUCUUAAAGAAUUGUUGUCCUAGUGUGCAAUGAUUGGUAGGUAAAUAACAUUUGAAGUGAAUUAAUUCUGUUGUACUGCAAUUCACUAC